UCGCGGCACGGCCGCGCUCCGCCCCCGCGGGAGGAGCGGCGCGAUGGCGGCGGGGCGGUGGCGCUGAGGAUGAUAUCGCGAUACGCGCGCAAACCGGUGCAACCACAAGGACUCCCAAAACAUGCCCUGAGGCAUCACCCCCUGCCAGAGCCAGGAGUUCAGGUGUGCUCAGCCACAGCCAGGGCUGAAAACCACGGCCACGUCUCCAGGGAGUCAGAAAUCCGGAGGGAAUCAGCUGAUCAUGGGAAUCCAGGGACUGCCAGUGAGAGCUGUGCUGACACCUCCACUGAGGACAGCUCAGUCUUCUCUUGGGGCUAUGAUGAAUUUGAUAAAGCUGCCACACAACAAGUUCAGGAGAUGUUCAGACAAAUUGAUGAGCUUCUCUAUGAGCAGAAGGAAAAUGUGCAUGUGGAGGGACUGUGGGAGGAAUGCCAGCAGUGGACAUCCAGCUUUCCUCAUCUCAGGGUUGUGGGGAGGCAGGUGGUGGUGCCCACGGAUGAAGGGUAUGGAUGGUUCUCCAGUUCCCCUGCGGGCAGUUGGGCUCCCUCAGGUGUAAGUUCACCUCCAGAGCAGGAUGCUGAUGAAUUUAGUGUUUUUGGCAAGAAGGUCCCUCUUUUUGUUACUCCUGUUCACAAAAAGGCUGACCCUUCCAAGUCUCCGACCUUGUGUUCCUCAGAGAGAGACGAAGGGGAAGAGGAAAUAAUUCUCUCCGAAGGCAUAGUGGAGGAAUAUUUGGCAUUUGACUGCAGAGAUGUGGAGGAGGAGCUGCACGAGAGGAAAAGGGGCCUGUCCUCUGGCAGACGGAAACUGGGCUUUCCUCCCGUCUCCCCAUAUUCCUGCACCAAGGAUUCUGUGCUCACCUUCGUGUUUGAUGAUGUGUGGAGUGAAGUCCUGGGCUGCAUGGAGGAGCUGAUCUGCAGGCACUGGGAAGGGUCAGCCUCUGAUGAUGAGAAAAAUAUCAUAACAGUGGAAACACUCAGGGCAGGUGCCAGAAGCCCUUUGCAGCUUGAUCCUCUGCCAGCCUUGUUACCUCGUGUGCCACACACGAAAAUGCCCUCGGUGACCUCAAAUCUGUGCCCAAAACCCAGAUGUGGCCGCAAAAGCAAAAAGAGAAGAAAAACACCUCAAGUCAGUCUCUCUCAAGGGUCAAGUAGUGGCUCUCAGCAUAAUCUGAAUGGCUUGAUGGUGAUCCACGGGAUCCAGUUACACCAAAGGAACCUGCCUGUAGUGGAGAAAACACUGGACCUGGAUGACAGACGGCCGGGUUCCAGCUCCAUCCUCUCCAUCAGAACGUGGCCAAAUCGUGCUCUAGAGCUCAGCACAUCCUCCCUGUCCCGCUCCACGAGGAGGAGGAACCCCCCGCCCCGGACCCUGCACCCCAUCUCGGGCAGCCAGCCCCGCACCGGGACCCCGCGCUCUGGGGACGCGGCACGGCUUCUGACUGCACAGGAGCAGCUGACCUCUCCCUCCCCAGUGCUGCUGAACCGAAAUCACCCCCUGCCCCCUAUUGCCACCUCCAGCGUGGCAGAGCGUGGGAGCACCACAGGAUCCCAGAAGCAAAUGAAACCUCGAGGGAGCUCCAGUCGUGCUCACAGUGUAACAACACAAGAAGAUGCUCACCAGCAGCUCCAGGAGCAGCUCCUCCUGCCUGAUCCUUUCUCCAGGCCUAACACAACCAACACAUCCUUGCCAGAUUCCCAGCGCCGCCGUUCCUGCACCGUUAUGGAUCACAGUAAUCAAUCCUGGACAAGCAGAGCAUCAACAGGUUCAGGUAUGUUCCUCAGGCACAGGAUUCAGUAAGAUCAAGCAAGGGGU